AGCGGUUCAAAUAUGAUCGAGACAAACGCUCUGACACAUUUAUUUAUUAUCGAAAAUAUUUACAAAAAUUUACAGUUUUUCUAGGUAAUUCCCCUCACUAGUUACACAUUUUUGCCACCUCUCCGGAAGCUUUUUGAUGCCGGUAUCGAAGAAUUCCUUGGGCAACUCGGACAGCCAUGUGCGCACGAACUCCUCUACCUCGUCGUCGGUGUUGAAUCUUUGACCUCCGAGGGCUUCUUUCAGUGGUCCAAACAUGUGGUAGUCGCAGGGUGAUAAAUCCGGACUAUAGGGGGGGUAUUCUAGUACCUCCCACCCCAAUUCUGAUAAUGUACUACGAGCGUGAGACGCGCGGUAUGAGGGCACGCGUUAUCCUGGAGAAGAAUCGCACUUCGCGCUGGAAUGCUCCUUCGUUGAAGGUGUUCGUGGAUGAUAGACUCUACACUACCAAUACUAAUGCCGAGUUCAGCCGAAAUGUUUCGAACAUUCAUCCUACGGUCCUCCAAAAUGAGUUGUUCUACGCGGCGAAUGUUGUCUGGUGUGAUGCUGGUUCGCAGUCGACGAUCAUGCGGCUCAUUCUCGAUGGUUUCGCGGCCAUCUUUGAACGCUUUGGCCCAUUUAAAAACAGCAGACCUACUCAGGCACUCACUACCGAACUGAUUUCGCAAACGCCGAAGAAUUUCCGUGUUUUUAACGCCUUCCCACACCAAAAAACGAAUAACAAUACGUUGCGCAACGGCGGUCGGCACUUGACGUUCACUCAUGGUCGUAUCACGCGCGUGAAACGUGCGUUCGCGACGAAAACUAUGCCACACUGUUCGUAAGGGACCCAGCUAUCACAUACUCAAGUCGCGACCUUCAAAACAUACAGGCGUACCAUCUACAGCGUUUGUCUCGAUCAUAUUUGAACCGCCCUCGUACAUAUUUUCCUAGUACCAUCAGAAUAGAUGUUUCUGGGAUUUAUGUACACCAGUACCGUCAGAAGAGACGCAUCUGGUUUUUGUUUCUAACUACUAUUUUACAUGCUAUCAGCAAAAGAAUGAUACAUACAAAUAUCUGUAGAAUGAUACAUACAAGUAUUUCGUGAGCAGAAGCUAAAAUUUCUGACAUGAUGGGCUGUGUUCCGAAACUUAGCAUAAACGGUCGAACAACCUUUCUGACCACGACCGUACGUAAAACACCUUUGCGAUUUAUAAGUUCUGCGAUCAUCAUUGUCAGCUAAUAUUUUUCUAUGUAAUAAAGGUAUACUACCUUAGACUGUAUGUU